AUGGCAUCGGGCUCGUACUUAGACGUACCUCUGAAUCAGCAUCGGCCUGUGCAGCUAUUUGAUCCGCCGAUGCACGACCAAGCCUACUCAGACAGUCAGGCGUAUGACCAACGGCUGUCGACGAGUGAUGCGGUGCACGACAAGUUUGUGGACGAGCCGACCAUGGAGGAGUCAGCGCUGUUUUCUGAUGCGCCCGCGAUGAAUCGCGGCUCAGGGAUGUACCAGGGGGUGCCGCGCAAGGGCAUUUGGCGCGUCGAUGAGCUGCGUGAGUUUCAAAAUCAGAGCCUCCCAAUGCGAAUCCUGCGCGUAUGCCUCUUCAUUCUAGUGAUCGGGAUCAUCCUGGCCCUGUGCAUUAUCAUGCUCAUCUUUGUCUUCCUGCGCCCGCCGAACAUCGGCGUGAAGGAGGUUUCGGCGCCCGUCCAGUCGGACGUUCGGAUUCAGGGCACGUCCGUGCAGGUACCUGCGAACAUCUCGUUUGUGAUUUCCAAUCCCAACUAUGUGCCGGCGACCAUCAAGAACAUCACGGCUCAUGCAUAUGAUAAGGCUAACCAGGACACAUCGAUGGGCGUAUGUCAUCUCUCGAACCAAAAGAUCGAAUCCCGACAGAACACGACGGUGACGUUGCCGUGCAAGCUCGAAUACAGUCUGGAGAAGGAUCCCAACCUAACGAUCAUCAAAGACAUUGCGCGGAGCUGCUUCCAGAGCAAGGACAAGCACCUCCAAAUUCUCCUCAAAGUCCAUUUGAAAGUGAAGCUCUACUCGUUCACGGUGCCGAUUGAUGUGAAUCCGAGUAUCUCGUUCGAAUGCCCCGUGACCAAGAAGCAGAUACAGCAAAUUGUGGGCCACAAGGUGGAUCUGGAUGACAUCUUGCACAACGUCCGUCGCCGCAGCCUGCAAGAGGCAUGGUCUGCUCUUCGCGAACGAUAUCUGCUGCGAAGCAGUAGCAGCCCCGGGGACGAAUUAUAG